AUGCCCUGUCAGCUGAAUGGAUCUGUUAUACCUUCCGAACGACCUAAUCACAUGAUGUUGGAGAUGUGGAAUCCCUUAGGGAUAGUUGGUGUUAUUACAGCCUUCAACUUCCCUUGCGCUGUUCUUGGAUGGAAUGCGUGCAUAGCUCUAGUUUGUGGAAAUUCUGUUGUGUGGAAAGGUGCUCCAACCACACCUCUCAUUACCAUAGCUAUGACGAAGAUAAUCGCUGGAGUAUUCGAGAAAAACAAUUUACCUGGAGCAAUUUUCACGGCAUUCUGUGGAGGUGCUGUAAUCGGUCAAGCUAUAGCAAAAGAUCCGCGUGUUCCCCUAGUUUCGUUCACUGGGAGUUCAAAGGUGGGUCUAAUGGUCCAACAAACAGUGAAUCAAAGAUACGGCAAGUGCCUGCUCGAACUAAGUGGAAAUAAUGCCAUAAUUGUCAUGGAUGAUGCUGACAUUGAACUCGCUGUUCGCUCUAUUCUGUUUGCUGCUGUUGGUACUGCUGGUCAGCGAUGCACAACUUGCCGUAGAUUGCUUCUUCAUGAAAGCGUUUAUCAGAAAGUACUUGAUCGGUUAUGUGAUGUCUACAAGCAAGUCAAAGUCGGAAAUCCGUUAGAGAAAGGUACCUUACUUGGGCCGCCGUUGCACACUCCUGUUUCAAGGGAAAAUUUUGUGAAGGGAAUCGAGAAAAUCAAAUCUCAGGGAGGAAAGAUUCUCAUUGGUGGCAACAUUUUAGAGUCAGAAGGAAAUUUCGUGCAGCCCACCAUAGUCGAAAUAUCCUCUAGUGCUGACGUUGUUAAGGAAGAGUUGUUCGCUCCCGUUCUCCAUGUGAUGAUGUUUCAGGCGUUAAAGGAAGCGAUUGAAAUAAACAAUUCCGUGCCUCAAGGUCUAAGUAGUUCCAUCUUCACUCGCAGACCUGAAAUCAUAUUCAAAUGGAUCGGUCCCCAAGGAAGUGACUGUGGUAUCGUAAAUGUAAACAUCCCGACAAACGGUGCUGAAAUUGGAGGCGCCUUUGGUGGCGAGAAGGCAACUGGGGGCGGCCGUGAAGCCGGAAGCGAUUCUUGGAAACAAUACAUGAGGCGCUCAACUUGCACCAUCAACUACGGAAGCGAGCUGCCUCUGGCUCAAGGGAUCAACUUCGGGUAGUGAACGCGAACGGGAAAGCUCGACUCGGGUGGGUAUGCUUCUAAUGGCAAGAAUCUAUAUUAUCAGCAUUUCUUGCUGGAGAAGAUUCGAAUUAAGGAGAUAUGGUUCUAUCUAUGUCUAGAAUGUUUUGAACUAUUUAUGAAAUAAAUGCUGUUGUAUACUUAUUACUACUAUUAAAAGGGUUUGAAAAAAUAACUCCUACAUUCUCUAAUGUAUCUUCUAUUCUUCUUA